UCGGAGAUGCGCGACAGACCCAACAGCCACGGAGCACGGAGCGAGAGGAAAUGUUAACUGGAGCUUAUAAUUAAUUCACUAUUACAUGAAAAAACCCACAAAUAAUUUUACAUGCUGCCCGUAUGGAAAACGAUCUUUGUGUCCAGCCGCAAGAAGAGGCUCAUCUGAAGAACACUGAACACAGAUUGCACCAAAGCCGCUCAAGUUUGAUCUGUGUCGGAGUAAUUUUUACUCCCUGCCUGACCAGUGUGGACCAAUGAUGGCUCUAGUGGUUCACCUGAAGACGGUCGCUCACCUCCGGGGGAAAGGUGACAGGAUCGCCAAAGUUACAUUCAGAGGUCUGCCUUUCUACAGCCGUGUGGCAGAGAACUGUGAGGAGGUGGCACACUUUAAUGAGCUAUUUCGAUGGCCCAUCGCCAGCAGGCUGGAUGGAAACGAGAUGCUGGAGAUCCAAGUGUACAAUUACAGCAAAGUCUUCUCCAACAGACUGGUGGGGACUUUCUCUAUGGUGCUUCAGAAGGUGGCUGAGGAGGGACACCUUGAGCUGACGGACACACUCAUAGACGAUAACAACACAUCAAUAAAGACCAGCGUUACCAUAGAGAUCAGAUACCAGUCGAUGGACGGCACAGUGGGAGUCUGGAGCGACGGGGAGUUCCUGGAUGUUCCUGAUGACCGUGAUGGGAUGUUUGCCUUUGAAACGGACAGCUUGCUGUCAGGACAAAGCCACGGGUCAGGGACGUCUCCUGGGCGAUCCUUGCAGGGAUCCAUACCAACCUUCAGGAAAGCAGGGAAGGGAGUUUUCUCAGCCAUGAAGCUCGGCAAGAUCAAGAGCUCAAAGGACGAUCACAAGAGAGAUGAGCCGGCGAUCCUGGACAUGGAGGACAUGGACAGGAAGGCGAGGCGAAUUGCUGGAGCAAUGGACCCAGACACCAUCUCUCUGGCCUCUGUCACUGCUGUCACCACCAACGUCUCCAACAAGAGGUCAAAGCCAGACAUCAAAAUGGAGCCGAGCUCUGGACGCCCAGUGGAUUACCAGAUCAGCAUCACAGUGAUCGAGGCCCGGCAGCUAAUAGGCCUCAACAUGGACCCCGUGGUGUGUGUCGAGAUUGGAGACGACAAGAAGUACACGUCCAUGAAGGAGUCCACCAACUGUCCAUACUACAAUGAGUAUUUCGUCUUUGACUUCCACGUCCCUCCUGAUGUCAUGUUUGAUAAGAUCAUCAAACUCUCCGUUAUUCACUCUAAAAAUCUUCUUCGGAGUGGAACAUUGGUGGGAACCUUCAAGAUGGAUGUUGGGACCGUUUACUCGCAGCCUGAACAUCAGUUUUACCACAAGUGGGCUAUCCUGUCUGAUCCUGACGACAUAACAGCGGGAUGCAAAGGAUAUGUGAAGUGUGACAUCGCUGUGGUCGGGAAGGGUGACAACAUCAAGACCCCACACAAGGCCAACGAGACCGAUGAAGACGACAUAGAGGGGAACCUCCUGCUCCCAGAGGGCAUCCCAGCAGAGCGGCAGUGGGCGAGGUUUUAUGUGAAGAUUUACCGCGCUGAGGGACUUCCUAAAAUGAACACCAGCAUCAUGGCUAAUGUGAAGAAGGCCUUUAUAGGAGAGAACAGAGACCUGGUGGAUCCCUACGUUCAAGUGCAGUUUGCUGGGCAGAAAGGGAAGACUUCAGUCCAGAAGAGCAGCUAUGAACCGAUCUGGAACGAGCAGAUCAUCUUCACCGAGCUGUUCCCUCCACUCUGCAAACGCAUGAAGAUCCAGAUACGAGACUCUGAUAAGGUCAACGACGUCGCCAUAGGCACCCACUUUGUUGACCUACGCAAGAUCUCAAAUGAUGGUGACAAAGGGUUCCUGCCCACCCUGGGUCCUGCUUGGGCAAACAUGUACGGCUCCACACGUCAGUAUACUCUGAUGGACGAACACCAGGACCUGAACGACGGUCUUGGAGAAGGCGUCUCCUUCAGAGCCCGUCUCCUGCUCUCCAUGGCUGUGGAGAUCUUGGACACAACAUCGCCUGAGCUCAUGAGCUCCACUGAGGUGCAGGUGGAGGGUGUCUCCAACAUCUCAGAGAGCGCCACUGGGAAAAUAGAGGAGUUCUUUCUCUUUGGUUCCUUCCUGGAGGCCACGAUGAUCGACAGGAAGAUUGGUGACAAACCGAUAAGUUUUGAAAUCACAAUAGGUAACUAUGGCAACCAGAUAGAUGGUGUAAGCAAGCCUUCAUCGGCAAAGAAGAAGAAGAAAGAUGGGGAGACUGAAGAAGAGGAGAGCGAGCUCAUACACAACUCCAGCGAGGACGAGGCGGACGAGGACGCGGACCUGGUCUCCGUCUCCUCCACUCCUCUAAUGAAGCCUGUCAUCACAGACAGGAAUUACUUUCAUCUUCCCUACUUUGAAAAGAAGCCGUGUGUUUACAUCAAAAGCUGGUGGCAGGACCAGAGAAGACGACUGUACAACUCUAACAUGAUGGACAAGAUCGCUGACAAGCUGGAAGAGGGUUUGAAUGAUGUUCAGGAGAUCAUUAAGACAGAGAAGGCUUUUCCAGAACGCAGACUCAGGGGAGUGCUGGAGGAGCUCAGCUUCGGCUGCAGUCGGUUUGUGACCCUGGCUAACAAGGAUGUGAACCAGGCGGGCCGAACCAAACUGGACCGAGAGCGGCUCAAGUCCUGCAUGAGAGAGAUGGACAGCAUGGGCCAGCAGUCCAAACAAAUCCGAACUCAGGUGAAGAAAAACACAGUCAGAGACAAACUCAAGCUGGUGCAGAACUUCCUGCAGAAGCUCCGUUUCCUCGCUGACGAGCCUCAGCACAGCAUCCCAGAUGUUUUCAUCUGGAUGAUGACGAACAACAAGCGCAUUGCUUACGCCCGUAUUCCUUCCAAAGACAUUCUGUACUCCAUAGUGGACGAGGAAACGGGAAAAGACUGUGGCAAAGUCAAAGCUGUCUUUCUCAAGCUGCCUGGUAAGAAGGGCUUUGGUCCUGCAGGCUGGACGGUUCAGGCGAAGCUGGAGUUGUAUCUGUGGCUCGGCCUCAACAAGCAAAGGAAGGACUUUCUCAACGGUCUGCCAAACGGUUUCGAAGAGAUCAAAUCUGCUAAAAUGGGCCCCGGUCUUCAAUCUGUCCCCCCCGUUAGCCUCGUCUACAACAUGAAGCAAGUGUUUCAGCUAAGAGCACACAUGUACCAAGCCCGCAGUCUGUUUGCUGCCGACAGCAGCGGCCUUUCAGAUCCCUUUGCUCGGGUUUUCUUCUCCACACACAGCCAGGUUACUGAGGUCCUGAGCGAGACUCUCUGCCCCACAUGGGACCAGCUGCUGGUGUUUGACGAUGUGGAGCUGUUUGGGGAGGCCAGUGAGCUGAGAGACGACCCUCCAAUCAUUGUCGUUGAAAUCUUUGAUCAGGACACUGUGGGCAAGGCAGAGUUCAUAGGUCGGACGUUCGCGAAGCCCACCAUCAAGAUGUGUGACGAGCACUACGGCCCGCCGAGGUUCCCACCUCAGCUGGAGUACUACCAGAUUUACAGAGGGAACUGCACCGCCGGGGAACUGCUGGCUGCCUUUGAGCUGCUGCAGAUCCCUUUCAAUGCGGAGGAGAUUAGGCGAGCUCUGAUUGCCGUCCAUAACUUUGCUGUUCCUCAAAUAAAGAUUGGUCAAGGAGGGAGAGCCGAUCUUCCUCCCAUUGAAGGGCCGACAGACUCUGAGCGUGGCCCCAUUCUUCCUGUGCCGCUGGGCAUCAGACCCGUUCUGAGUCGCUACCGCAUAGAGGUUUUGUUCUGGGGCUUAAGGGACCUGAAAAGGAUUAACCUGGCUCAGGUGGAUCGGCCCCGUGUGGACAUAGAGUGUGCGGGCAGAGGUGUGCAGUCUGUCCUCAUCCAGAACUACAAGAAAAACCCAAACUUCAGCACCUUGGUUAAAUGGUUUGAGGUGGACCUUCCAGAGAAUGAGCUUCUCCACCCUCCUCUCAACAUCCGGGUGGUGGACUGCCGGGCAUUUGGCCGUUACAUCCUGGUGGGGUCUCAUGCUGUCACCAGCCUGAGACGUUUCAUCUACAGCGCCCCAGACAAAACCUCCAACAACUGGGCCACUGCAGCUAAGCUAAUGAAUGGCUAUAUGGUCCUUACUAAUGGCGGCUCCCAGCCUCGCUCCUCACCCAGCCUUUCUUCCCGCACCCUCUCUCGCCCCGCAGGUGACAUCAUCGUCAACAUGGAUGCGGAGCCUCCCGUGCGAAAGAUGGACACGGUUGUCAAGUUAGACGCUACCGAGGAGGAGUGUGACAAAGAGAAAAAGAAGAAGAAGAAGAAAAAGAAGGGAGGAGUAGAAGAAGAGGAUGAGACAGAUGAGAGAGUGCUGGACUGGUGGUCCAAAUAUUUUGCUUCAAUAGAGACGCUGAAGGAGACUCUCAGAGCCCAGGAGGCAGCUCAGGCAGAGGCAGAGGAAAGAGAGGACCUGGAAAUAGCUGCAGAGGCAGCAGAUAUCAAACCUGAUGACCUUCUUCUAAAAGGCUCCAAGACAAAGGAAAAGAGCAAAGAGAAGAAGGGCUACAAGGACAAUAAGAAGGGCCAAGCUGCAGACGGCUCUGAGAAACGACCGGUUAAAGCAAAAGUAGACGAGCUGAUGGUGUACAACAAGGAGCUGGAGAGUGAGUACGGCAACUUUGAAGACUGGCUGCACACUUUCAACUUGUACAGAGGAAAGGCCGGGGAUGAUGAUGAACACGCUCUGGAUGAUGACAGGAUUGUUGGCAGAUUCAAGGGGUCCUUAUGUAUGUACAAGCUACCCCUGUCUGAGGAGAUCACAAGAGAGGCAGGAUUUGAUCCUAAUAUGGGCAUGUUCCAGAGCAUUCCACAUAACGAUCCAAUCAACGUCCUCGUCCGUGUCUUUGUGGUCAGGGCUACAGAUCUUCAUCCAGCUGAUAUCAAUGGGAAGGCUGAUCCAUACGUUGUCAUCAAGCUGGGCAAGUCAGAGGUCAAGGACAAAGAGAACUACAUUUCCAAACAGCUCAAUCCUGUAUUUGGCAAAUCAUUUGACAUUGAAGCCACAUUCCCCAUGGAGUCCAUGUUAACGGUGUCUGUGUACGACUGGGACCUGGUUGGCACUGACGACCUGAUCGGAGAGACAAAGAUUGACUUGGAGAAUCGUUUCUACAGCAAAUACAGAGCAACCUGUGGCAUCUCAUCCAACUAUUCUGUCCAUGGAUACAAUGUUUGGCGGGACCCUAUGAAGCCCAGUCAGAUUCUGGCGAAGCUCUGUAAAGACGGCAAGAUUGAUGGACCUCAUUAUGGGCCAGGGGGCAAAGUCAAGGUGGCCAAUCGAAUCUUCCUGGGACCUACAGAGAUCGAGGAUGAAAAUGGUCUGAAGAAACAGACAGAGGAGCAUUUGGCUCUGACGGUGCUGAACCACUGGGAGGAGAUCCCGAGGGUGGGCUGUAAGCUCGUCCCAGAACACGUGGAGACCAGACCCCUGCUGAACCCCGACAAACCCGGCAUCGAACAGGGCCGUAUUGAGAUGUGGGUGGAUAUGUUUCCUAUGGACAUGCCUGCUCCUGGACCUGCGAUUGACAUAUCACCAAGGAAACCAAAGAGCUUUGAGCUUCGUGUUGUUAUUUGGAACACUGAUGACGUAAUUCUAGAGGACGAUGCUUUCAUGACAGGAGAGAAGAUGUCUGACAUCUAUGUCAGGGGAUGGCUCAAAGGGCAGCAGGAGGACAAGCAGGACACAGAUGUGCACUAUCACUCCCUGACCGGUGAUGGAAACUUUAACUGGCGCUUCGUCUUCCCCUUCGAUUACCUCAUGGCUGAGGAGAAGAUCGUCAUUUCUAAGAAAGAGUCCAUGUUCUCCUGGGAUGAGACUGAAUAUAAGAUCCCUCCUCGCCUCACGAUGCAGGUCUGGGAUGCCGACCACUUCUCUGCUGAUGACUUCCUGGGUGCAAUCGAGUUGGACCUAAACCGGUUCCCUCGUGGCGCCAAGACGGCCAAGCAGUGUUCCCUUGACAUGAUCCGAAAUGAGCAGGAGCUGCCCACGAUUUCCAUCUUCAAACAGAAGAGGGUCAAGGGCUGGUGGCCGUUUGUAGCCCGUGAUGAGAACGAUGAGAUGGAGCUAACUGGUAAGGUAGAAGCUGAGCUUCAUCUUGUGACAGCGGAGGAGGCAGAGAAAAGUCCUGUAGGACUGGGACGAAAUGAGCCUGAUCCACUGGAGAAACCAAAUCGCCCGGACACCAGUCUAAUGUGGUUUCUGAGCCCCCUGAAGUCCAUUCGUUACUUCAUCUGGCACAACUACCGCUGGCUGAUCCUCAAGGUCCUGGGGCUGAUACUGCUGCUGCUCAUGCUGGGCCUCUUCCUCUACUCUAUCCCUGGCUACCUGGUCAAGAAGAUGCUGGGGGCCUGACUCGCUGGUAGCCUCCGCCCCCUCCUCGCUGUCUCUGCUUCUCUAUUUAACCCCCUUGCUUCCUGGAUUCUGCUGUCCUACCUGUAGCUGCUCCUCUCCUGUCCCGCCAAAACUCAGCUUCUUUGUUUCUCCUCUGUCGUCUCAGCUGUAGAAUAGUCUCUUUCUUCUGCUGUAUUUUGUAUCAGAUCUCUGUGCCAACCAGUGUCCCUUGUCACCAAGUGCCAUUACACAUCUUACAUGUGACCAACUGUUUUGUGUGGCAGUAUGUGGGUGGGGCAGUUUGUAGGUAUGGUUCACAUCAUAUGUAGAGGUGGGAAAGAUUCACAUGUAACAACUUACUGUACAAGCUUUAACGUCUAAACGUCUAAAUCCUUUUCAGACAACACCACAACAGAUCCUCACUGGCAUCAAUGUGAGGCACCUCAAUGAAAAGUAAUUAACAUAAUAAUCAAACUGGAAUAUGUGAAUUCAGGUUUCUUAUGUUCCAUAUUAUGACCUUUAUAUAAAAUCCUCAAAAAAUAAAUAAAACCACUAACGUGGAUACUGUGUGUUGAUGUUAUUACACACAAUCCAGACUUAUAGUCAAACUAAAAUACAAGCCCAGUAAACGUACAGUUCCAAUAUUUGGAACUGUACAUUUCUGCAAACCAUGGGUACUUUACAUUUGCAUGUUUCAUAUGCAUCAAAUUAAUGUUCCUGAAGUGACGUAGAAUAUGAGCUGACUUUGUCAUCAAGAGGUGCACAGGGUGGUGGAUGGCGUGCAACCCACAGACCACUGUUUGAAAACAACAGACAACUAAAAUGGUUGUUUAGCAAGUCGUAGCUGUUUUUCCACCCAGGAUGGUGCCAUGAGAAGCAGUUUUAUUUCACAGAGAUCGCUGCAUUUAUUACAGAGAUUCUGCCACUGGGUUUUUUUGUUUGUUUUUUUUACCUAGAAAUUGCUGCACUUCCUGUCAGGAUAGUGCCACAAAAAACAGGGUUUUUGUUUUCUAAGACAUAGCUGCAUUUCCAAUGUGCCCCCAAAACACGGCAUUUUAAGCCAAACACUAGGCUCAUUCAAGGAGGCGGAGACAAAAAGCCACCGUUAAGUUUCCAGCAGCAUUUAGUCUGUACAGGAAGUCACAGAAACACAUCCUGUUAGAUCUGGUGCCGAUUUACUAAUAUGUUACUGCAACUGCAGCACCUGGGUCUGAAAACUGCAGCCGCCUUGACCUAGUAAGAACAUCGUUGGCCGCUUUUACAUGAGCAUGCACUGUGUGACAAUUGCCGGUGAUCAAAUCUGCGCAGGCCUGACUCAUCUCAAACAGACAAAUAAACAAAUAACAGUGUUGUUCGAAUGAAAGUUUUAAUGUAUCCGCUACAUAACGUACAAAUGUAAGGUAUUUGUGGUUUGAAGAAAGAUGCCAGUGAACGUCUGGUUAAAGAACAAACGGCCCUGGACAAACAUGAGUGUUUGGAGCUGUUGGUCAGUCAUCCAUCCAUCCAUUUUUAUCAUCAUAUUCAUUGUGUGUAUGUUUUUAACUGUUCAGCUUUUACUCUGUGAUGUGAUCUUUUGGUCCUCUGACACAUUGUAUUGAUAAACAUGUGAGCAUGCUGUAGUAUAAAAAUAACUAAAUGCAACAUGGCUGGCUAACCACUAACGCCAGCUUUCUCUCUCUUUUACUCCUCCCAUGUUUCAUCCCAUUUCUCUCUUCCCUUUCUCACCCUUCAUUUACUCGCUCUUCCAUCCCCCUGCAUGCCUCCUUCGCCAAAUUACCUUCACCUUCCUCUUCCUAAAACCUCCAUCCCUCCCUGUAGUCGCCCAGACACCACCUUCCUGUGGUUCCUGAGCCCGCUGAAAGCCAUCCGCUACCUGGUGUGCAACCGCUACAAGUGGCUAAUCAUCAAGAUCGUGCUGGCCCUGCUGCUGCUCAUCAUGCUGGGCCUCUUCCUCU